UAUAUAUAGAGUAGUGAAGACCCCCCAAAGACAAGGCAAGAUUACGGAAUGGGUUCCGAGUUGAUAUUCAGAGGACAGGAAUCACAUCCCGUCACAGACGCUUAUACUCCCAAGCCUCCCAAGCCAUGGCUCGCCGUGAUUCGCCCCAUUCGCUAUAUUCUCCGGGAACAGCGUUUACUUUUCCUUGUCGCCGGCAUUGCCGUCACCACCCUCUUCUUCGCCCUCCUCCCCUCCUCCUCCUCCAACGCCGCCGGCGGCUAUGACGCUCUCUCCGACGACUCGUACUCGCUAGCUCGCCCGCACCGGCUCGUCUACCAGGACGGCGGGAUCGGGGCGUUCAAUUCCGGCGGGAAGAUCCCGCUGGGGCUGAAACCUAAGAAGGGGUUGAGGAUCGUGGUGACGGGCGGCGCCGGGUUCGUGGGGAGCCAUCUGGUUGACCGGCUGAUGGCUAGAGGGGACAGCGUGAUCGUCGUCGAUAACUUCUUCACCGGCCGGAAGGAGAACGUUAUGCACCAUUUCGGGAACCCGCGGUUCGAGCUCAUCCGCCACGACGUCGUCGAGCCGCUGCUGCUGGAGGUCGACCAGAUCUACCACCUCGCCUGCCCUGCUUCCCCUGUUCACUACAAGCACAACCCCGUCAAGACUAUUAAGACGAAUGUGGUGGGGACUCUGAACAUGCUCGGAUUGGCCAAGCGGGUGGGUGCGCGGUUCUUGCUAACCAGCACCAGCGAGGUUUACGGCGAUCCUCUGGAGCAUCCCCAGAAGGAGACAUACUGGGGAAACGUUAAUCCGAUCGGUGUUCGAAGCUGCUACGAUGAGGGGAAACGUACGGCGGAAACUUUGACCAUGGACUACCACAGAGGUGCCGGCGUUGAGGUAAGGAUUGCCAGAAUAUUCAACACCUAUGGUCCGCGUAUGUGCAUUGAUGAUGGCCGUGUUGUCAGCAACUUCGUUGCUCAGGCCUUAAGAAAGGAACCUUUGACAGUUUAUGGUGAUGGAAAGCAGACAAGAAGUUUCCAAUUUGUGUCUGAUCUGGUGGAGGGCUUGAUUCGGUUGAUGGAAGGAGAGCAUGUUGGACCUUUUAACCUUGGAAACCCCGGAGAAUUCACAAUGCUUGAACUUGCCAAGGUGGUCCAAGAAACCAUUGAUCCAAAUGCCCAGAUAGAGUUCAGGCCAAACACAGAGGAUGACCCUCACAAGAGGAAGCCAGACAUUUCAAAGGCCAAAGAAUUGCUGGGUUGGGAGCCCAAAGUGGCUCUCAAGAAGGGUCUGCCCAAAAUGGUAAAAGACUUCAGGCAACGCAUAUUUGGAGACCAUAAAGAGGAUAGUUCCUCUUCUUCAGUCCUCUCCAAGGAGUAAUGUAAUUAUAUAAUAUCACAUUUCACUAAGUGGGAUAAGCCAGAUAGCAAGCAGAACUAUAUUAUAUUGAUAUCCACCGUACCAUAAUAUUUUUUGUGUCUUAGACUAAAUGCAAUUUCCAUGUUUUCUAUAGACUGAAAGGUUGUGAAUUUCUUUCCUUUAAUAUACUCACUUCAUAUACAUAUAUUGGCUUAAUUAAAAUCUAAAUGUGUUUUUUCUGAGAUAAA